GCCGCCGCCGCCGCGGGUGGAGUUGCAGUUUCCGUAGCGCCGCUAGCCGUGCCGCCGCGAUGCCGCUGGAGAACCUGGAAGAGGAGGGUCUGCCCAAGAACCCCGACCUGCGCAUCGCGCAGCUGCGCUUCCUGCUCAGCCUGCCCGAGCACCGCAGGGACGCGGCGGUGCGCGACGAGCUGAUGGCGGCGGUCCGCGACAACAACAUGGCUCCGUACUACGAAGCCUUGUGCAAGUCCCUGGACUGGCAGGUGGACGUGGAGCUGCUGAGUAAGAUGAAGAAGGCCAACGAAGACGAGCUGAGACGCCUGGACGACGAGCUCGAGGAUGCAGAGAAGAACCUGGGGGAGAGCGAGAUUCGCGAUGCGAUGAUGGCCAAGGCCGAAUACCUGUGUCGCAUAGGGGACAAGGAGGGAGCUCUGACGGCCUUUCGCAAGACGUAUGACAAAACUGUGGCUCUGGGCCACCGUCUGGAUAUUGUGUUCUAUCUCCUUAGGAUUGGCUUAUUUUAUAUGGAUAAUGAUCUCAUCACACGAAACACGGAGAAGGCCAAAAGCUUAAUUGAAGAAGGAGGAGACUGGGACAGGAGGAAUCGCCUGAAAGUGUACCAGGGUCUCUACUGCGUGGCGAUUCGCGAUUUCAAGCAGGCAGCCGAGCUGUUUCUCGACACCGUGUCAACCUUCACAUCCUAUGAACUCAUGGAUUAUAAAACGUUUGUGACCUACACUGUCUACGUCAGCAUGAUUGCUUUAGAAAGACCGGAUCUCAGGGAAAAGGUCAUUAAGGGAGCCGAGAUCCUCGAGGUGUUGCACAGUCUCCCGGCAGUUCGGCAGUAUCUCUUUUCACUCUAUGAGUGUCGGUACUCGGUCUUCUUCCAGUCAUUAGCGGUUGUGGAACAGGAAAUGAAAAAGGACUGGCUCUUCGCUCCUCAUUAUCGGUACUAUGUCAGAGAAAUGAGGAUUCAUGCCUACAGCCAGCUGCUGGAAUCAUACAGGUCAUUAACCCUGGGCUACAUGGCAGAAGCCUUCGGUGUUGGAGUGGAAUUCAUUGACCAGGAACUCUCCAGAUUUAUUGCUGCCGGGAGACUCCACUGCAAAAUAGAUAAAGUGAACGAAAUAGUAGAAACCAACAGACCUGAUAGCAAGAAUUGGCAAUACCAAGAAACGAUCAAGAAAGGAGAUCUGCUACUGAACAGAGUUCAGAAACUUUCUCGAGUAAUUAAUAUGUAAAACCUUGGAGGAUUUUCUCUAGAGAUAAUUAUUUGGAAUUUUUAUAGCUUCACGAUGUGUGCAAUUCAGCUGUGUAAAAUAAACUAACUUUCAGUUUA